AUGAAAAAAGUUGGUAAGUCGAAGAAGCAGCCAAAAGCAGAACACGAGAGUAACGUUGUGGAACAGGAGAAGGCCUCUGUCCGGCCAAAAAAGAAUGCGAGUGAGAUUGAUGAAAUCUUUGCUGGAAAGAAACGCAAGAGACUGGAAACGGAAAAGAAGGCCGAGGAUGAGAAGCCUGCCAAAGUAGCAGCUGCAACUGUGAGGCCACUCGACAAAAAGAAGGGAAAGAGUAUCAAGAGCCGCUCCUUCAAACAGAGUUCAUCUGCAGUCGGCUAUUCUCAAUCGAGGAAGAAAACUGCUGAUGGGCUGUCUGUUUUUUCGGAAGAGGAGCUGGGCAUAGGGAAGCCAGAUGCAGGAGGAACUGCUUUGUGCCCCUUUGAUUGCGACUGCUGUUUUUGA